AGACCGAUGAAGAUGCAUACAGGAAGUUCAUGGCCACAAACCUCCAAAGAGGACAGCAAGAAUUGACACCGGCCAAGCCAUGGAUGUGUGUCAAGACCCGUAUCAUGGAUUAUACCAGGGUUGGACUACCGAAGCUGUCUGCAAGUAAACUGUGCCCACAUCACCAGCGCUAAAUGGCAGAACCACUGGAAGAGGGAGCCCAAAGACGAAAUGAGACACAAACGCCGCAGACACAAACUAGCCCUGGCCCAAGCACAGCACAAGACAGACAGGCAACUCCGACCCAAGAAGUACCGGCUGGUAACAAACAACCUUCCCAGCAGGAACCAACGCAACAACCACCGCGGCAACUACAGCCAAGACCGGGUGAGACACAAACUAACCCUGGUCCAAGCACAGCUGCGACCCAACAACUACCGGCUGAUGGAGUGAGGGAUGAUCAACAAACGACUCAGUCCAGCAGCAGACAGCCUUCCCAGCAGGAACCAACGCAACAACCACCACCGCAACUACAGCCAAGACCGGGUGAGACACAAACUAACCCUGGUCCAAGCACAGCUGCGACCCAACAACUACCGGCUGAUGGAGUGAGGGAUGAUCAACAAACGACUCAGUCCAGCAGCAGACAGCCUUCCCAGCAGGAACCAAUGCCACAACCACCGCCACAACUACAGCCAAGACCGGGUGAGACACAAACUAACCCUGGUCCAAGCACAGCUGCGACCCAACAACUACCGGCUGAUGGAGUGAGGGAUGAUCAACAAACGACUCAGUCCGGCAGCAGACAGCCUUCCCAGCAGGAACCAAUGCCACAACCACUGCCACAACUACAGCCAAGACCGGGUGAGGCACAAAUUAACCCUGGUCCAAGCACAGCUCCAUCCCAACAACUACCGGCUGAUGGAGUGAGGGAUGAUCAACAAACGACUCAGUCCGGCAGCAGACAGCCUUCCCAGCAGGAACCAACGCAACAACCACCGCCACAACUACAGCCAAGACUCGGUGAGACACAUUUGAACAUAUCGUCUGUAAACCCUGCAUGUUAUGACUCCCCUGGCCCUGACAUCGGUUCCCUGACAGCAUCCUUCCCCUCCAUCCUUUGCAUUGACGCUAUUAGGCGCAAUGCAUAUAGCGUAGCAGAGUCCCUGAAACAAGGGGUACCGCACUGGUGUACUGCCCCCUGUCACCACAUGGCGAAUUACUCGGAGCAUCCGUACUGCACAAUACCACAACCAAUAAGUGACUAA